UUUGCAUACGUUUUUUAUACAAUCUGAAUAUUGCAUUUAAAUAAAUAAAUACAUAAAAUUACUUAAAUUUUACGAAGCAGAGGUAACUUUACAAAAACUAGUAAACAAGGUAACAUUUUAACUACCCUUUUGUAAGGCCAUAAACUUAUUUGGCAAAUGCUAAUCCCCAUAAAUAUAAAUUCGUAGAAAAAAUACAAUGCUCAUCUUUGCAAGGCAAAAGAAAAUUUUCAGGUAGGGGUGGAGGUCUAUGAUCCAGGUAGAUUUUCCCUCUUUCUCGUACACGUUAGUCAUACCUAAGAAUUGAAGGAAGAAGGAGGGUGUCCUAUAGGAAAUUAGGGGCAAGUUUCAAAUAGACUCUUACCAGAAUAGCCUUCGACGUAGAAGGAUACAAACGUGCCGAGUGUUAACUUAAGAAAUAUGGAAUCAAAUAUCAAAAAAGAAAUUGGUGAUGUAGACAACGAGCUACCGCCCUUAAACCAAUGGAUGAUAGUUUAUUUUCCGGGCAGCGAGCCCGGAUUCGAGUACGAGGUGGUGAAUCAAAAAGAUGUGGUGACGGAUUUUUUGGAAACCAUAGACAGCCUGCAAAAGGGCAGCUCGGUGCAGAUUAACUGCGGGGGCAAAGCAAGAGUGUCCGCUAUCGUUAUAGCGAUAUCAGACGAUCAAUGUUAUUUAGAGGCGAACAUGCAGAAAAUUGUCGACGAACACAGCAAAGAUGCCAUCAAAAAUAUCAUAGGCCUCGAACAGAAAAAAUCCAAGAAGCGAAAACUCAACAGAAACAGUUCGGGAAGCACGAAAUCGGAAACGUCUUCCGAUGUAUCUUGUGCUAGUGCUAGUGGAAAAGAUGUAAAUGAUGAGAGUUCAAUAAUAUUAGUUUACGAGGACGCCUCAAUGGUGGGUACAGAAGUAAGCAUGUCAACUUUAAAUAGAAGCAGAACCAUUAUACUACGAGACCAAGAAACACAAACUGAAGAUAGAGCUGCAGAGAUGAAUAGGGAUUAUUUAACGAUUAAGAAAAAGUAUGAAGACAUGAAGGCUGAAUAUCAGAAAUUCUGCAACUUAUUUAGAGAGGUGAGGACUAAUAUGAAUGACAGUUUAGCAGUCUUCGAAAAUUUCGAUGGGAAUGGUAAAAAACCAAUCAAGCCCAAGUUUUGCCCCCCAGAUGAAAAUGAUGUGGUAGACAAAGAGAACAACAAAAAAAUGGUUACUAUAGGUUCGAACGGCACCAAGGUGGAGAACAAAAUAUACGAGGCCAUAAAAUGGGGAAAUCAUUCCGCUGCCACCAAAACCUUGUUGAAAACCUGUUUUACAAGAGAGGUUUUGGCAACGCACUCCUUGACCGGAAAACCGAGCCCUGCUUUCAUAAACAGCAACAAGAAAACAAAGAAAAGAUUAAAUCCGUUAAUUGUCAAUGACAUUAUCGAGUGCAUUGUGAAGAAAUGCAACGUUCCGGAACCGAUGGUGCGACAGGCUAUAACCAGCAAGUGCGCUGACGAAAAUAAACUUUUAAGAAGACGAGAGUCGAAUGUUUAAUUUGAUGACAAUUUUUACCAUUUUAAUAAUUGGAACUGUGAUUGAGGUUGUGAAUUUUGACUGAUUAAUUUCUAUGUAUUACCUAAUUAAUUAAAACGUUAUUAAUAAAAAG